UGUUUUGUUGCACCUUGUUCUUGUUGUUAUUGUUAUUGCAGCCAGCUCUCUUCAUGAAGUUUCUGAUGCCAGCAAAAUGUCAAGAAAAUAGCCAGGAGCAACGCAUUCAGCCGUUCCGACCGGACAUUUAGUACUCUUUUUAUGGUGUCAAAAACACUAAAACCGUUACAAUGAAUAUUCUUCCCAAGAAAAGGUGGCAUGUCCGCACCAAGGAGAAUAUUGCUCGAGUGCGACGAGAUGAGGCUCAAGCAGCAGAGGAAGAGAAAGAAAAGGAAAGAAGAAUUAAACUAGCAGAAAAAGAGGCUCGUCGUGAUUUGAUGCGAGCACGUGCAAGAGCUAAUCUGGGAAAUAGUGAAGCUAUUUUUACUGAAACAGAAGAUAAGGAAAAAAAGGAGAGCCGCUCAGCAACUGAAUCUAGUACAGGCCACAUUAAUUUCUUUGCUGAUGAAGAAGCUGGACUAACAUCCAGUACAGCAGUCAACAAGGAACACGAGGAGGAGGUAAAGCAAGAAAAAGAAAAGUAUGAAAAACAAAUAGGAUAUCUGACAUAUCUUGGACAAGACACAAAUGAAGCUACGGGAAAUGUGUCUUGGUAUAAUAAGUGUCCUCAGAGAGAAGAAGUUGUGACAAGUGAAGAAACAGGUUUAAAGCACAAGGUUACUUCAGACCCUAUAAAUUCAUUCAAAAAAUAUUGUAGUAGUGUAGUUAAAAAAAAUACACCCUCCUUAGAAAGACACCCUGCAUCAGGAGCAAGAAAUAAUGUGCCUGAGACAAAGAAGAGAGAAAGAUCAAGAACACCAGAGGAAAGAAACAAAAAUGUAUCCCAUAAACAUAAAAAGAAAAAAAGUAAAAAACACAAGAAAGAGAGAAGUCACAAAUCAAAGUCCUCAAAAACAAAAAUGGAUAAGAAAUACAGUAGUGAUUCUGACAGUGAUUACAGUGAUGAUGACAAAGAGAAGAAAGCAAAACUGGAAAAGCUGAGAGCUGAAAGAUUGCACCGGGAAAAGGAAGAAAAGAAGAAGGCAGCAAAAUUACUAGCAAAGAUAAAUGGUGUAGCGUACAUUGAUGAGGAUGUAAAACCAGAACCUAAACCAAUCAUGAAACGGCGGUAUAACUCUCAAUUCAACCCUGAUAUUGCCAAACAAAAUUAUGAUGAUCAGAGAUAUCGGUUUUGAAAACCAAUUGUGGUAAUACUAUUUUUUACAAACCAUCCCAAUUUGUAAGUUUGAAUUGUUCUUCUUUGAUAAAUCUGUUAUUGAAUUAUCUUUUUGUUAAUUAUCUAGAGAUUCAAAUAUAUGUGUCUGGUGUUCAUAGAAA